UCAGAUCGUCGGGAGAUCCGCACCAUUAUCUCCUCCGACCUGUGGAUUCAGAGCUGGAAAUUUCCUGGACCCUUAUGAAAGGAUGACGUCUUGCAUCGUGAAGGGCUGCAUGGUGAACUGGAGGAGCGACGUCCCCGGCCUCAUCCUCCACUCCUUCCCCGAUGACGUUGACCUGGUCAAGUCUUGGCUGCUCCGGACCGGACUCCACUUUAGAGACCUCGAUGAAACCUGUCGGAAAAUAAUCCGCGACAAAUCAGAAUCCGACUUCCGCAUCUGUUCUUGCCACUUUUCCGCAGAAUGCUACACGACAGCUGACGGCUCACGGAGGACGCUGAAGAAGGACGCGCUCCCCACCUUGUUUCUUCAGCCGUCAUCCUGUCCGCCAUUACACUCCGGGAUGAUCCAGAUUAAAACUGAAGAGUGUGACUCUGAUUCAUCGUCCUCUCCAGAGGCCAGCAGGACCAACACCUCCACUAUGACCCCACCCCUGAAGAUGGAGGAGCAGUAUUCCCAGGGUUCUUCCACAAGUCCACUCCGCCCAGAACAGGAACAAUCGGGGGAGGUCACCUCUAGAUGCAUUGUUACAGACUGUCCAAACUUUAUGGAGAUCCAGCAUCCUGAUGUCACUGUACAUAUGUUUCCCAAUAACUUUGCUAUGGUGAAGGUGUGGCUUCAGCAGACGGGGCAGAACUUUGGUGACCUUGAUCUGGCUGCCCGGCAGGUCCUGGACAUGAGCCCCUCGGAGAGGUUUGGCAUGUGCUCCGAUCACUUUUCUCCCAGUAGUUACAUGAUCCAUGGAGCAGAGAUAAAGCUGAAACCAGAUGCUCUACCAACUAUAUUUCCAGGUCUUCAAAGAAACAUCAUAAAGGAAGAGGAGGUCGAGUUACCGUUUCAGCCUGUUUCUAGCUUCGAUGGACCUUUCCCUUCCAACGUGCAUGCCGAUUAUAACCACAAUCUUAGACAUGUUGCCACCAGCACGGACCCUUACUGGGGAGUCCAGAGCAUAGGAGUUCUCACCAGACCUAUACUUGUCCGAGAAGCCUCCACGUCCACGCGAGUGGGAAAAUUUUAUAAUGGUAUGAAGACCGUACGGUGUACGGCAGACAAGGCCAUUCAAUGCUCGGAGUUUGAACUCAAUCGUAGAGGGGAUUCUUGGAACGUUAGACCAGAUUACCUCUAUCGGUUCGGUCCUGCUGUCCCUCCAAGAGAUAUGACUGCGGGAGAGCCUGAAACCAUGGGACCUAACCAGGAGACAGAAGACCAGGGUCUGCAGAACUGGACGGCAUUACUGCAGGGACUGACCCCAGACAAUUCUCGAUUACCAAGAAAUGUCCCAGUGAAAGACAGCAGGUUGUUCUUUGCAAUGGAGGAAGUGAUGGUCUCGCUCAUGCAGCAUUUGCUCAACACGCCUUUUAUUGAGGAGGCGUCUAAGCUGGUGACGCAGAAGUUCUUGAAUCAGGUCCUGGAGAUCGUUGCUCUUCUGACUGGAGAUAAAUGGGUGCUUUCUGAGAGAGAUGACCUCCCCGACAGCCAAGAGGAGGUACCCGUGAAGUGUGAUGACGUCGCAAUGUAUUUCUCCAUGGAUGAGUGGGACUAUAUUAAAUCGCACAAGGAGCUUUACAGUGACCUGGUCAUAGAGGAGCCUCAGGAGCUCACAGAGUUGGCAGAGGACACAGACUCUGACGAAUCUGUCAGUGAAGAAGAGGCCAAAGAGAAGGCAGAACGGUCAAACUCUCCAGAAUGGCUGCCGGAAGGCGUUGUCAGUGAGUACAGCGAGUCUGAGCUACUGUCGGAUGACGAGGAUGGAGAAGACUUGAUGCAAGGAGACGAGGACUUCUCUUCUAGUCUUCCAGGCUCUUCCAGUUUACUGAAGGAAGAUGGCACAUCCAACGGAAGCUCUCGAAUGAAGAGACACAGUUUAUUACGCAAGAAGGGCGGCGUCUACCACUGUAAGAAGUGCGACAUGACUUUCCCCAAAAGACUGGCUUUCAAAAGACACCUCAAAUCCCAGAAGCACUUGAAGAGCUUUGUUGAAGAGGUGGAGGUCGCCUGUGAGGACUGCGAUGAAGUGUUCGUCACCAAAUCCUUGCUGAUCAAACACAGGGCAGAGAAUCACGCAGUUAAACGCUACGCCUGCACCAUCUGCGGUAUCCAGUACGACUACAAGUCUCAGUUCAUCAUACACCAGCGGGCGCACACCGGGGAAAAGCCCUUCGAGUGUGAACAGUGUGGAAGGAAAUUCGGCCAUAAGUGCAGCCUGCUCGUUCACCAGAGGAGGCACGUCAAAGGGAAGACUGUGUCCUGCAGCAAGUGCGACCACCGCUUUGACACCAAGUCCCAGUUGGCCAAACAUGAGAAGAUUCACGACCAUGAGAAGCCCAUCAUGUGCCGCCUGUGUGGGAAACGCUUUGCACAUAAAUCGCAUUUCAUGAAACACAAAUGGGCGUUUCACCAUGAAGAUAUAUAGCGGCAAGAGAACUUACUGAGAUGUUUUAUAAGUGUAGAAGUUCACCACAAGUGCCGCUGCGCCGGGUACCGUCUGCCUUCUGAUGAUAGGCUUGUUCGAGGUUUGAUGGAGGUUUUGAAUGUUCAUAUGGAGCAGGCACACACUGCUGAA